GGCCGAGUGGGUCAAUCAAUAGUGUCUUUAUCUCGAAACGGAUAAGGCAACCGAUCAAACAAUUUGUUCUUCGGUUCUUUCUUCCCCAAAUCCUUCCAUCCUUCACUGAACUCUCACUACAACAACCCUAUCAUCCACACAACCACAACUUCAAACUUCAUUCUCUUUCUCUCUCUCUCUCUCUCGCUCUCUCUCUACCCAUCUAUCAAUCACUCAUCUUGUCAAUACAGACUUGCCUAACACGCAUACGAUAUUGAACUAACGGAAGACACGUUGCAUCUCUUCGUUGCAGUUACGGUACUCUAUUCUUGAUCAUACUUCAUCGUUGCCGUUACGUUACUCUAAUCUUUGAUCAUAAUUGUUUGAUUUCUGUUAUCAUUCAGCUGAAAUUAUAGGAAAUUGAUGUGGGUUUAGCCGUUAAGGUCAGUUAUUCUUGAUCAUUGAUUAUUCAUGUGUAGUUGUAAAAAGAUUUGAUUUUUGUAAAGACUAGAAGUUCUGGUGAAUUGGGUGUUAAUAGAAUACAUAUUAGGGUUAGAAAGUUAGAAUCUUGGGCUUAGAAAAUGGAUUUAAGUAGCGAGGCGACUGUUGAAGCGUUUUCGAUCGGACCGUCAUCGGUUUUUGGCAGGACUAUAGCUUUUAAAGUUCUGUUCUUGAAGUCAAUGUCACACUUGAGGCUGCAUAUAAGUAAUCUGUUGGCUUAUUACUUUAGAACCAUUAGGGGUUAUGUGUCGGGUACGGUUGUGCCGGUGAUCUCGUGGUUGCAUCCGCGCAACCCGCAAGGGAUACUAGUGUUGGUGACGGUAAUGGCGUUUUUGCUUAAACGGUGCACGAAUGUGAAAACGAGAGCUGAGAUGGCUUACAAGAGGAAGUUUUGGAGGAAUAUGAUGCGGGCUGCGGUGACGUAUGAGGAAUGGGCUCAUGCGGCUAAGAUGUUGGAUAAGGAAACACCGAGAAUGAACGAGUUUAAUCUUUACGAUGAAGAGCUUGUGAGGAACAAACUUCAAGAGCUUAGGCACCGUCGUCAAGAAGGUUGUUUACGAGAUGUUAUAUUUUAUAUGCGGGCCGAUUUGGUUAGAAAUCUUGGUAAUAUGUGCAACCCUGAGCUUCAUAAGGGUAGACAUCAAGUACCGAAGCUUAUAAAAGAGUAUAUCGAUGAGGUUUCAACGCAGUUAAGGAUGGUUUGUGAUUCCGACUGUGAAGAACUUCUUUUGGAAGAACGGCUUGCGUUUAUGCACGAGACAAGACAUGCUUUUGGAAGAACAGCUUUGCUUCUAAGCGGUGGUGCUUCUCUCGGGGCUUUUCACGUAGGUGUAGUGAAAACAUUAGUAGAACAUAAGCUUUUGCCCCGAAUAAUCGCGGGGUCUAGCGUUGGAUCCAUUAUCUGUGCUGUUAUCGCCACCAAGUCAUGGCCUGAGGUUCAAAGUUUUUUUGAGGAAUCGUUUGAUUCUUUUCAGUUUUUCGGUCAAUUGGGUGGAAUUUUCAGUAUUUUCAAGAGGGUUACGACUCUCGGAGCGCUACACGACAUUAGAUGUUUGCAGGUGCUAUUAAGAAACCUGACAAAUAAUCUUACAUUUCAAGAAGCUUACGACAUGACGGGUCGUGUUCUUGGCAUAACCGUAUGCUCACCAAGAAAACACGAACCUCCAAGAUGUCUUAACUACUUAACGUCACCGCAUGUUGUUAUAUGGAGUGCGGUUACCGCUUCUUGUGCUUUCCCAGGCCUUUUUGAAGCUCAGGAGCUUAUGGCAAAGGAUAGAAGUGGAGAACUUGUUCCAUAUCACCCACCGUUCCACUGGGGCCCGGAAGAAGCCAAUGGGAGUUCUACACGUCGUUGGAGGGACGGUAGCUUGGAGAUAGAUCUACCGAUGAUGCAACUGAAAGAGCUCUUUAAUGUUAAUCAUUUUAUCGUAAGUCAAGCAAAUCCUCAUAUUUCCCCCCUACUCAGGAUCAAAGAAGUUGUGAGAGCUUAUGGCGGAAGGUUUGCGGCAAAGCUUGCGCAUCUAGUUGAGAUGGAGGUGAAAUACCGAUGCAACCAGGUCUUGGAACUUGGUUUCCCGUUAGGUGGACUUGCAAAGCUAUUUGCUCAAGAUUGGGAGGGUGAUGUCACCAUUGUGAUGCCUGCUACCUUAGCUCAGUACUCAAAAAUCAUACGGAACCCGUCACAUUUAGAGAUUCAAAAAGCCGCAAACCAAGGAAGGAAACGUACAUGGGAAAAGCUUUCAGCCAUAAAAGCCAAUUGCGGGAUCGAGCUUGUUCUCGAUGAGUGUGUCGCAAUUCUCAACCACAUGCGUAGGCUAAAAAGGAGUGCAGAACGCGCGACUUCCGCUACUCAUGGGUUAGCCAACACGACCCGGUUUAACGCAUCCAAACGAAUCCCUUCUUGGAACUGCAUGGCUCGAGAGAACUCAACCGGGUCGUUAGAAGACCUUGCUGACGUGUCAUCCUCUCUCCACCAGCGGAACUGGAGGUUCAACCACAACGCGCAUGACGGAAGUGAUAGUGAAUCUGAAACUGCAGAGUUAAAUUCGUGGACGAGAUCCGGUGGACCUUUGAUGAGAACCGCUUCAGCUGAUCAAUUUGUCGAUUUUGUUCAAAACUUGGAUUUCGAUCCCAAAACGACAAACAAGGCAAUGCCACAUCAUCAGAACUCAAGCUUUGAUAUAGAACCCGAUCAAAGGGAUACAAACAAUAGAGUUCAUACGAGCAUUACGGUUACUGAAGGUGAUCUUCUGCAGCCUGAGAUGAUUCAUAAUGGUAUUGUGUUUAAUGUUGUGAAGAGGGGAGACUUGACGCCAUCGAACAGGAGCCUUGAUUCGGACAAUAUCAACUCGCCUUCUGCGGUUGCUGAGUGUGUGCAACUUGAGUGUCCCGAGAAGGAGACAGAUGCUAGCUCGGGUUCUGAAUAUGGUGAUGCUGAUAUCCGCAAUGAUAACCAUGUCAGCAGACGCGAAUCCACUAGCGACAUGAAGGAUCAUACAAUCCAUGAUGAUGAUGAUGAUGGUGAUGUUAGUCCCCGAGGUGACAGUGAUCACUAACUGUUGUAAUUUGGUCGCGCUUAUGUUAUUCAGGUUUUCGAGAUCUUGCAUUGUUAGCUGAUCGCCUGAUACUGUACAUACAAAACCUAUCAUUCGAUGUUAAAAACGUAUCUAGAAAACUGACAUCUACCAGUAGACGAGGAUUUGUCCUCGAAAAUUCUACUAGUCCGAAAAAUUGGAGACUAAUACGUUGGAUAUUUUUACGAUA